AUGGCCCGGGCUGGAUCGGGACCCCCCAGGCGUGAUGCACUGGGCCUCCUCAGUCGGGAUGUUUCACAUGGCUCUGGGUCCCAGCGGCACGAGCCUGCAACACUUAACCAGCGCCUCGCAGUUGUCCCCAGCCCAGCUCCCGUCCAUUUGAAGCUCAUGAUGGAGACAGACUGCUCAGUGAAAGAGGUGUCGGCACUCCUCCUCUGCUCUGUCCUCAUCACAGUCACAAUGCACCAAGUGGUCCUGGGAGACCACGGCCAACGCGCCUCCAACGGCAAAUGA